AUGUCAUACACCGGAACAGGACCUGAAGGCCGAACAGUCAGUUCUGUUACCACGGUUGAGCCACCAGAUCAGCUGGCUGGUCAGGACAACUCGGAGGCCACGUCGAGCAUUGAGCAGGCCGAGGGAAACGUCUCUCUUCGAAAUCACGCGAACAAUCCGAGUCAUUUUCAGCAGAUCGAAGGGCGCCUUGAUAUAGGCCAGGUCCAGGUUCUGAUUAUAUGUGCAAAGGAUCUAGAGGUAGACGCCGUCUUGGCCACGCUCGACAAACGGUACAAAAAGAAAACAAUUGUCAAACACGUCUAUUUAUUCUCAGGUACCUUCAAAGACAUCAAUGUUGCCAUCUUGCCACUGCUACAAAAAGGCAUGGUCUCCAGUACCACCGACACCUCACAGGUGGCCUCGGACAUGAGGCCGGACGCCUACAUCAUCUCGGCCGGUAUUUGUGGCGGUACUGGUUACGACGAUGACAAGAAGCAGCCUGUGCAUCUGGGCGAUGUUGUCAUUAGCACGGAUGUUGCUCGAUAUUUCGACCGUGUCCAAGGUAAAGAGCUGGUCCAAAAGAUGGUGGACCAAAAGUUCGGGGGACAUCAACGACUUCAAAGACAGAUCAACAUCCUGAAAAUGGGAGACGACCUCUUUCAACUCCGCCGAGAUGCCGAUGAGAAUCUCCGGGAAGUCAGAAGCAGGAUCAGCUCUGGAUUCUUCAGUGUCGGUUCCUUCCAAAGCCUGAGCGCGAGUCCACCAGAUGGCCGCAUACACCAAGAUCGACUUUACAAAGAGAAACGUCCACACAUGCACCAGGAACCAGGAUGCAACGACCUUCCUAGCAAUUGGCUCGAGCGUGGCCCACCAACGGAACGUGGACCACUCCCGGUUCAUUUUGGGAUCUACGGGAGUGAAGAUGUCGUUAUGAGAUCGGGCAAUUACACUCGUACCUUACUGAAAGAGAGAGGAAUCAUGGCUGUCGAUAUGGAAAGUCGAGGUAUCUGGCAUGCGGCUGGAAGUCACAUUCCUCGGGACGUUGUCAUCAUCAGGGGCGUGUCUGACUAUGCCGAUUCACACAAGAACGACGCCUGGCAGCCGUACGCUGCAAUGGCUUCGGCGUGCACAAUAAAGGCGUUCGUCGUCAACUUCUUUGAAAGUAUGGAAUAG